AACAGUGGCAGCAUCGCAGUUCGGCAGCCAUGAUGAAUUUCUAGAAGUGUUUCGCACGCGAUUUUGUUGUUUUCCCUUAAUUUUUCCCGAAAAUGAGUAGCAAAAACGACAUCAACCGACGCGUGGCCGCUAUACAAGCGAAGAAGAAGCGUCACCGAAAUGGAAAAGGCGCUAAGGGAGGCGGUAAGAACAGAGGAAGCGACGAGAUCAACUCGACCAAAACCAGAGGCGAUGGAACGCACCGCAGCACCAGAGGCCGCGAGACGGUGAUGGAAGAGGAGGAGGAGUGCGAAGAAAUCUUAGGAUCUGACGACGACGAGCAGGAGGACCCCAAGGACUACAUCAAGGGCGGUUACCACCCAGUCAAAAUCGGCGAUCUCUUCCAUCAGCGCUACCAUGUAGUGCGGAAAUUGGGCUGGGGCCACUUCAGCACCGUGUGGUUGUGCUGGGACAUGCAGGCAAAGCGUUUUGUCGCGCUCAAAGUGGUCAAGAGCGCGUCACACUACACAGAGACGGCCCUCGACGAGAUCAAACUGCUCAAGUGCGUGCGCGAGGCUGAUCCUGAGGAUUCAAAGCGGGAGAAAACGGUGGCCCUGCUGGACGAUUUCAAAAUCACCGGAGUGAACGGGACACACGUGUGCAUGGUGUUUGAGGUGUUAGGCGUGAACUUGUUGAAACUGAUCAUUCGUAGCAAUUACCAAGGCAUUCCGUUGGCCAACGUGAGGACCAUCAUUCGGCAGGUGCUCCUCGGGCUUGAUUAUCUGCACACCAAGUGCAAGAUCAUCCACACGGAUAUCAAGCCGGAGAACAUCUUGCUGUGCGUCACAGAGAACUACGUCAAGAAAUUGGCCGCCGAGGCCACCCAGUGGAGCAAAAUGGGCGCCAAGCUGCCAGGCUCAGCCAUCAGCACGGCUCCCAAGGAGCUGCAGAACCCAGACCCGUCCAAGAUGACCAGAAACAAGAAGAAGAAGUUGAAGCGCAAGGCAAAGCGUCACGCACAACUGCUCGAGCAACAGAUGCAACAGCUAGAGGAAUUGGAGGUCAAGGGCGGUAACGUCUCAGACGACAAUAGUGACAUGGACGCACAGGAAACGAUCCAGGAAAACAACACUGUCUCCAGUCCGGACGAGUCAACCAUCGAGUCUCCAAAAGUCGAGUUCAAGUCGAUCGGCAAGACCAAGUUGGAGAACAGGAAGAGCUUUGCUGAAAUGCCACAUGCAGAGAUCAAGCCGGCGGGAACUGACGAACUGCUGGACAACGGAACUGCUGAUCAAGCUCUCAAUAACGAAGGAGGAAAUAAUAUCCCAGUCAUAAAUGAGGUUGACAAUGAGCAUCAAGACACACCCGAAGCGUCUAAUGACAUGUCAACCGAGGAGGAGCAGCGUGGCUCUGAGGAAAGCAUCACAAACACAGGCUCAACUGAGGACAACAGGAGGCCAGUUGCUGAAACAAAGCAGGCAGAUCCUGUUCGUCAAGUGUGUGACAUUGAAGUGAAAAUUGCUGACUUAGGAAACGCAUGCUGGGUGGACCACCACUUUACUGAAGACAUACAGACUAGACAGUAUCGCAGUUUGGAAGUUCUCUUAGGGGCAGGCUAUGGACCCCCUGCUGACCUCUGGAGCACAGCUUGCAUGGCUUUUGAGUUGGCAACUGGUGAUUUCCUGUUUGAGCCGCACUCAGGGGAGGACUACUCGCGGGACGAGGACCACCUGGCGCACAUUAUCGAGCUCCUGGGCGAAAUCCCAAAAGAUAUAGCCCUGUCGGGCAAGUACUCGCGCGACUUCUUCAACAAGAAGGGCGAACUGAAGCACAUAACCAAACUCAAGCCCUGGGGGUUGUACGAGGUUUUGACUGAAAAAUACGAAUGGGAGCAGAGCGCGGCACGAUCCUUCUCCGAUUUUCUCUUGCCCAUGCUGACCUUUGACCCAAACAAGAGAGCCACGGCAGCCGACUGUCUCAAGCAGCCGUGGAUGCAGCCAGAGUCCUCCUGAGAUGAGCUUUGCACACCUGUCCUUCUCAACCACAGACGCCACUCCGAAACAGCACUCCAGCUAUCCCUCUCCCCAAUACCCCCGAAUUCGUCGCCUUUGCUUUUGCAUGGGGCCAACAGGCAUGUGAGCAGUAUGAGCAGCUCACCCCCUUUACUGCCUCACGCCCGAAUGCAGGACACGGUCAAUUCUCGGCUGGCCGGCCACCUCUUCAUCUACGCAAAUAGCUCGGCGAAACUGCAAAACUCAAAUCUCACUCAGGUUGGAAGGACAUAGGUGUGCACAUCUUAGGAGGCGCCUUUCCUAGUAGAAAAAAGAAACACACAAUUGCAAGUAUUGCAAAUGACAAUUAAUUAAGAUAGCGUCCCCUAAUGUAAAGAAUUUACCGCUGCUGUCUUUGAGUUGGAGUCAAAUAUGGUCAGUGUUAUAUAUUGCCACUAAAAGACAUCUCUGUUUUAAUUUAAAUGCUGUUUUCUGAGCACCACUACUUAUUCUUUAAAAUCAGUUUCAUUAAAUUAGCGCGGCAGUUACUGGAAAAAAAAACAACAAAAUGCGAGACGUUAGACUUUAUAUUUUUGUUUAGUAGUUUGUUGAUUUGUGUGGAGUGCAAUGUUGAAUAUUGCCUGUCCAUAUCUGCUUUAGCCAAGAUCCACACAUGUGAAUGUACCCCCUGAAGGGGUCACGCUGAUCACAGGCCAGCUCUCUGCACUUUCAUUGCCUUUUCAGCUUGGCUCCAGGGUGAUAGAAAAAAUGACCAGAAGGUCCAAAGAGAGUGGCCAGAGAGAUCUUUGUCUCUUUUGAGAAGUCAAAUGUUUUAUUCGUUUAUUUAUUUCCUUGUUUAUUUCCAAGCAAUCUUCUGACUUGCUCUUUUGGGCCUGUCUGAGUCAAAUAGCACCCCAAGCUGCGUCAACUUAAACUAAAAGAGAUUUCGAAAGUGGUUAGAAAUUGAAAAAAGAAAAUGAACUCAAUCGUAAGGAAAUAUUUUGUGAUCUCUAUCCACUUGGGCUUGUAUGGGUGGUGCCAUUUUUGAGUCUGCACCGCCCUCAACGGCGUCGUAUCUGCAUCAAAUAAGUAAAAAUUUAAUGUUCCGCGUUAUAAUGGAACCAUCAUCAAUGUCGUAUGAAAAUGCAAAAUCAAUCGAUUCAGUACCAAUUAAAAAAAAAAAUAAUCAACGGUGUAAGGACAAUUUGAAGCUGUGACUUUUGUACUAGCAUGCCACAACAACUCAAUUUUUGUACAUCUGCGAAGAAAGGAAAAAAAUUGCAACAACUCCCGCCAGUGCUUUAUUGUUUUAUCGACAAAACGAAGCUCAAACAUUUUAUACAAACGCCUAGCAAUAAAAAAUAAAACUAAAUUAGAUCCCUUUUGACGCCAUAUAAGUUGACAGAAAAUCGAGCAGAAGCCGAGUGCAGAAGGUUUCUGAUGAAAAAAUGUCCUUACACUAUAUAAUAACUCGCAAGUGCAUACGCCAACACACCGAACAGAGAAUAAAAAUUGAAAUGUAGCCAGCAGCCCCGUUUCCCCGUGUCAGCUGUAAGAAUUUAAGUCUUUAAAAAGUGAUAAUAAGUAUUAUUGUUUGCAAGUGGGUAUUUAUAUAAUGGAGGAUUAACAAACACACACACACUGUUGUUAAUUAGCAACACCUCUGUAUCAACCAAUCAAUCCAGAUGUACGUACACCCUUGUAGUCAUGAACUCCGGCGAAGAACGUCCCGUCCGGCCACUGCAACGCGCACUUUACCGAGGUUGGACGGGCGCAGACACCGCGUCAUUUCGAAAAAGAGGAUGUGAGAG